UACAUGACAAAAGAGUUGGCGACGAGGAUGGGAUCUUCGAACAUUUGUUUUGAAUCUUAUGAUGCGUCUGUGGAAGACUGGUCCAGUUAUGUGGAACGUUUAGAAUCUUACUUCGUUGUUAAUGGGAUCGAAGAUAAAAUUAAAGUCCCUGCUAUUUUAAGCCUUAUGGGAGCAACAACGUAUAAAUUGUUAAAGAAUCUGGCCACUCCGAACAUUCCUUCUGAAUUGACUUAUCAAGAUAUCGUAAAAUUACUUUCGGAACAUUUGAAUCCUAAACCACUGGAGAUGACAGAACGGUUUCGUUUCUACAAGAGGAAGCAAUUUGAAGGUGAGUCCAUUGCAAAUUAUUGUGCCGAAUUACAAAAACUGUCGAUACACUGUAACUUUGGGAACAAUUUAAGUACGAUGCUUCGUGAUAAAUUGGUGAUGGGUCUCAAAAACGAAAAUAUACAGAAAAAGCUGUUAGCAGAGGAUAAGUUAACAUACGAAAAAGCUAAGAGCAUUGCAUUCGCGAUGGAAUCUGCUCAGAGAGAUGUGUGUGAAAUUCAGAAUCAAAUGGUAUCGAUAAAAAAAUUACAUAGUUCGCAAGAUAAAACUAUCAAAAAAGAUUUUUCUAAAUUUAAGAAAUCUGAACCUACAAAGAAGUUUGAUAAAUCUCGGAAAUGUUACAGAUGUGAUAGUACUCAACAUUUAGCUCACAAAUGUAAGCACAAGAACACUCAGUGUAGGAAUUGCUUAAAGAACGGGCAUUUGGCAAAAGUCUGCCGCUCAAAACGUAACGAAACAGUUAAACAAAUAGAAUCUUGUUCUGAAACUGUACCAGUUAAUAGCGUUAAAUCACCACGACAUGCAAGGGAUAAGAUUUUAUUAGAAAUUUUUGUUGAAGGGAAUAAGUGUUUAUUUGAAUUAGAUACUGGAGCUGCUAUUAGUUGUAUGAAUGUGAAUGAAUUUAAGAAACUUUGUCCGGAUGUAGCCAUUAAACCUACCAAAUUAUUGCUUAGGAAUUUCGAUAAUUCUAUGAUAACAUCAGCUGGCCAAGCAGUGGUGCAAAUUCAAUACAAAGAUCAAAUUAAUACAGAAACUAUUUAUUUGGUACAUGCAAAAGUAAACGCAGUUUUUGGUCGUGAAUGGUUGAGAAAUUUCCAAUUAGACUGGAGCUCAAUUAAAGCAGUUCGGGUUGGAAAUUGUAAUUCUCGAACCAAUAAAUUAAAUAUCUUGCUUCAAAAGUAUGAGAAAAUUUUUUCUCCGGGUAUCGGGAAACUGGAAAAGUUUUGUUGCCGUCUUCAAAUGAAACCUAAUUACAAACCGGUAUUUUUUAAACCUCGACCAGUACCAUUUGCUUUAAAAGAAAGAAUAGAAACUGAACUUAAGAGGUUAGUUGCAGAAGACAUCAUUGAGCCGGUGACAUAUAGUGAGUGGGCUACACCAAUUGUUCCUGUUAUCAAACAGAAUGGGAACCUACGAAUCUGUGGUGAUUAUAAGGUGACUAUCAACCCGGGACUAAAAAUUGAGCAAUAUCCUUUACCCCGUAUCGAGGACAUUUUUGCUGAACUGUCAGGAGGGGAGUUCUUUACUAAAAUCGACUUAUCUGAGGCAUACCUUCAAAUGUUAGUUGAUGAGCGGGACCGACAUCUAUUGACGAUCAAUACUCACAAGGAAAUACUCACAGAAAGAAUAGUGCAGUUAUUCAAAGCUUCGUUGAAAUCGAGUAGAGGCGAUUCUGGAGAUCUAAAUGUGAAAUUACAAAGAUUUUUAUUACAGUAUAGAAUAACUCCACAUUCCCUCACGGGAGAAACUCCGAGUGCCUUGUUUUUGAAGAGAUGUAUUCGCACUAGGCUUGAUCUUUUUAAACCAAAUUUGAGAGACAAAGUUGUUCAGAAACAGAGUUCGAGACUUGACACAGAAUCUAUCUUGCGUGAGUUUCAGGAAGGGGAGAAAGUAGCCGUAAGAAAUUAUUCCGGACCUAACAAAUGGAAAAUUGGAACAAUUAUAAACCGAGAUGGAACUUUGAGUUAUAGCAUACAAGUUGGAACUGAAAUUUGGAAGAGACACGUAGAUCAAAUAAGGAAAUGUGGGAAGUCGAUUGAAUUAUCCCAAGCUGAUACUGAAAUUCCAAUUUACGAUAAAGAAUUGAAUUUUCCAGAUGAGCCAGUAUCCGAUGAUGUUGCUGAAUCGGAACCACCUGCACCUGUACCUGAAGUUGUCCCUGAACCUAAGGAUGUACCUGUAUCUGCGACUCCAAGUGAUGAUAUGCCACCUGGCCCUGUACCAGACGCUUCCGGAAAGCCGAAAACUGAUGUGCCACUCCGACGCUCAAACCGAAUCAGGAGACCUCCAGAGAGACUGGUCCUGUGA